CCCGGCUGGGGCAGCCGCGAGGGACCUGGGGGGGCGCUGGCUUUGGCCCCACCUGGGGCAGGAUGGUGAACCUGGAUCCCAUGCACACAGAGAUCAAGAUGAGUGGGGAUGUAGCAGAUUCCACAGACGCUCGCAGCACUUUCAGUCAGGUGGAGCCAGGAAAUGAUCGAAAUGGCCUUGAUUUCAACAGACAGAUUAAGACAGAGGACCUCGGUGACUCCCUGCAGCAGACCCUCUCCCAUCGGCCAUGCCACCUGAGCCAAGGGCCUACCAUGAUGUCUGGAAACCAAAUGUCUGGGGACAUGACUUCUCUCCAUCCACUGCAGCAGCUUGUGCUGGUCCCUAGCCACUUACAGUCUGUAUCCCAGUUCCUGCUUUCCCAGACUCCUCCUGGGCAGCAAGGUCUGCAGCCGAAUCUUCUCUCCUUUCCACAGCAACAAAGCAGCCUCCUCCUCCCACAGACAGGGCCUGGCCUCACCUCCCAGGGAGUUGGACGCCCUGCGCUGUCCGGAUCCUCCUUAGAACCCCAUCUGGAAGCACCGCAGCAUCUGCCAGUGUCUAAGCAUCUACCUGGAGGGACUGAUGAACCCAGUGACCUGGAGGAACUGGAGAAGUUUGCCAAGACCUUCAAGCAGAGGCGCAUUAAGCUGGGCUUCACACAGGGAGAUGUGGGAUUGGCAAUGGGCAAGCUGUAUGGCAACGACUUCAGCCAGACAACCAUCUCACGAUUUGAGGCCCUCAACCUGAGCUUCAAGAACAUGUGCAAACUCAAGCCACUGCUGGAGAAGUGGCUGAAUGAUGCAGAGUCCUCUCCAUCAGAUCCCUCCACAAGCACACCCAGCUCUUACCCUACUCUCAGCGAAGUAUUUGGCAGGAAGAGGAAGAAAAGGACCAGCAUUGAGACCAACAUCCGCCUGACUUUGGAGAAGAGAUUUCAAGAUAACCCCAAACCCAGCUCAGAAGAGAUUUCCAUGAUUGCAGAGCAGUUGUCCAUGGAGAAAGAGGUGGUAAGGGUCUGGUUCUGCAACAGACGCCAAAAGGAGAAGCGAAUCAACUGCCCUGUGGCCACACCCAUCAAGCCACCCAUCUACAGCUCCCGGCUGGUCUCUCCCUCAGGGUCUUUGGGCCCCCUCUCUGUCCCUCCUGUCCACAGCACCAUGCCUGGAACAGUAACGUCAUCCUGUUCCCCUGGGAACAACAGCAGGCCUUCGUCUCCUGGCUCAGGACUCCAUGCCAGCAGCCCCACAGCAUCUCAAAAUAACUCCAAAGCAGCAAUGAACUCCUCCUCCAGCUUUAACUCCUCAGGAUCUUGGUACCGUUGGAAUCAUCCCACCUACCUCCACUGAGAUAAAAAACUUCCUCCUAAUCCACCUGGUCCCAUGUUCCCACUGGAAAAAGAAGAGUCAUGCCUUCCAUGUGUGGAUAGACUACUUUGAGAAGAGUGGAAGAAAUGCUCACUGUGGAAGAAUGAAUCCACAUUCUUGCCUUCUCCAGGAGGAAGAACCCCUAGAGAAUCAAACUGUGACUGAAGCCCAUGCUGACACCUCAGGCUCUUGAUCUAACCCUUCUAGGACUGCACCAGGCUGGCCUGCCUUGCGUGUGGCUGCCUCCUUGCUCUAAAUGUUUUAAAUGGCUUCACUGUGACUUUGUCUCUUGGAGAAAGAGCAUUCUGUUAUUCUUCAACUUAUCUGUGGGCUUCUGGGAUCAGCCAUUUGCUUGGUGUGCCAAAAUACAAGAAGAGAUAAUGGUUUGGACUCUGACCUCAGCCACAGUCCUGAACCCAUCCCAAAUUCUGUCACAAGACUGGAAUCAGUUGUCUCCACUAAAGCCUUCUAUGAUCAGCAAAGUCUUUUUUCCUGCUGAAUCCGUAUUUUUGCCUCACUUUUUUUUUUUUUUUUUUUUGACACGGUUUCCCUGUAGCCCCAGUUGGCCUAGAACUCACUAUGUAGACCAGGCUAUCCUUGAACUCAAAGAGAUCUUCCUGCCUCUGUCUCCCAAGUGCUGGGAUUAAAGGCAUGUGCCACCAUGCCUGGCACCCCACUUUCUUUUAAUCCUUGCUCCCUUUCCUACAACCAAAUCUAUUCAUUCUAUUCAUUCUUGUAUCCUUCAAGCUCCUUUCUCUCUACAGAUGGCUAAGCUACCAUCUGGGUAUGUUGCUCCAUCCAUUGGUGCUCUUCUGCUGGUCCACAGCUACCCUAACGUUCAAGAAUACUUCUCUCCCUCUGCCUAUGUUUCUCCUCAUCCUAUCCCCUCUCCUCCUCCUGGCUGCAGAAAAGGGAAGAAACACAAGAAAAACCCAUACCCACGUUGCUGGCCACAUACCUGUACAUAGUCCUUCCUGUUUUGCAUUAUGAUCUUUCUUGUUUAAUGUGUAAUUUUCCAAAAGAAUGUUUAACACAGGUGUGAAGUUUGAAGAUGUCUCUGUAAUAUUUUAUCUUCUUUAAAAAGGAGGGAGAUGGUAGCAAAGUGUGGAAUAUUUCCACAGAGUUCCCACAUGAGCUAGGAUUCUGGUGACUUUGGGGGAACAUUGUCUGUGGCAUCCCCUCCUGAGGGCCCUGUGUAGAGCUAUAAUAUGAAGCUAUCUCAGAAAUGGCAACUUUUUUUUUAAAGACUGAAUAUCCAGGAAACAGUUGAGACACAAAGGAAUCGCUGUUUCUAAAUAUAUUUGUAUAGUAUGAC